CAAUGAAGGACUCCAGCCAUCCCUGCCAGCCCAUCCUGAUGGCAUGAUGGCACUGCACAGCGGGUCCCACACAGGCUGAAGCAGCCUUGUUCCAGAGCAGGGACAGCUGCCUGGCUGUGACCCUGGUGGGACAGUGGUUCUUCUGGUGGGUACAUGGAUGUCCUUGUGGGGAUACGCCUCUCCUGGUGAGGACACCAAUCUCCUGGUAGGGACGCGGCUCUCCUGGUGGGGACAUGGCUCAAUUGGUGAGGAUGAUACUCUCCUGGUGAGGACAUUGCUCUUCUGGUGGGGACACUGCUUUCCUGGCACAGGGCCACGUGUUAGCCGGGUGUGGGGGCUCUCCCCAUGGGGUUGCGUGGCAGCAGGAACUGCGUCCCAAGCAGAGACGGCCCCCAGGGCACUGCUGGGGAGCUGCUGCUCCGGGCCCUGGAAGACCUCUCCGAGCUGGACUUUAAAAAAUUUCGGGAUGCGCUGGCACAUGGAGACCUGCGGGGCAGGACCUGCAUUCCCUGGGGGCGGCUGGAGAAGGCCGACUGGAUGGAUACAAAGAACCUCAUGUUGGAUUUCUACGGCGGGGAGGACGCCCUGGAUGUGGCGAUAGCUGUCUUUGAGCGCAUCCAGCUCCGCAACGCUGCCGCCCUGCUCCGGGAAAGCAGAGAGAAAGCCCUGGGGCCUGCUCCUCUGUGGGGUUCAUCGUCAUCAGAUUACCAGAGGAAUUACAAAAAAGCCAUACGCCAGGCAUACAGCCGCAUGAAGGACCAAAAUGCCCGGAUGGGUGAUGAUGUAAGCCUGAAUGCCAGGUACUCAAAGCUGGUGAUCGUCAACAAGCACCGCGACGAAGAGCAACGGGAGCACGAGAUCAUGGCCAUGGGACGGAGGCAUGCAGAGAUCAUGAAGGAGCAAGCCAGUUCCUCCAUCGCUGUCAGCGACCUCUUCAAGCCUGGCCCCGAUGGCUGGACCCCCAAGGUGGUCGUGCUCCUGGGAGCCGCAGGUGUGGGCAAGACGAUGACAGCCAGGAAGAUCAUGCUGGACUGGGCAUCCAACAAGAUGUUUGUGGAGUUUGACUAUGUCUUCUACAUCCACUGCCGGGAGGGCAAUCUCCUCACCAGCCCAGCCAGUGUGGCCAACCUCAUCACCCAGUGCUAUCCUGGCAGCUCUCCACCACUUGACGAGAUGCUGAGGCAGCCGGAGAGGCUCCUCUUUGUGAUUGAUGGCUUUGACGAGUUCCGCUUUUCCUUUGACCUGCCCCAGUCUGAGCUGUGCUUCAAGCCCCGAGAGGAGAGGCCAGUGGAAAUCAUCCUGAGCAGCCUUUUCCGCAGGAUGCUCCUGCCCGAAUGCUCCCUGCUCAUCACCACGAGGCCAGCUGCCCUGCAGAAACUGGGCAAGUGCCUGGAGUGUGAGCGCUAUGCCGAAAUCCUGGGGUUUUCGGAGGCGGAGAGGAAGGAGUAUUUCCACAAGUUUUUUGAUAAUGCGGAGCAGGCAGCUGCCGCCUUCCAGUUUGUCAGAGGGAACGAGACACUCUUCACCAUGUGCCUGGUGCCCAUCGUGUGCUGGAUCGUCUGCACUGUCAUGAAGCAGCAGCUCGGCCGCACCGGGGGUCUCGCCCAAAGCCUGAAGACAACGACAAGGAUCUACAUCCUUUACCUUUCUGCCCUGCUCCGGUCUCUGAGCAGCCAGCUGAAGCAAGGCAUGCCCAGGGUGCUCAGAAAGCUGUGCUGCCUGGCAGCUGAUGGCAUCUGGAAGCAGAAGGUCCUCUUCGAGGAGAAGGAGGUGCAGGGCUAUGCACUGGACCAGCUAGAAGCCCUCCCGCUCCUCCUCAACGAGCACCUCUUCCAGAAGGACAUCUCCUGCGUCAGCACCUACAGCUUCAUCCACCUCAGCUUCCAGGAGUUUUUUGCGGCGCUGUUCUACCUGCUAGAAGAUAAAGGGGAGGCACAGGACCUCCCCGCUGGUCCCAGCAGGGACGUGAAGGAACUGCUGGAGAGCUACGGCAACUCCAGGAACUACUUCAUGCUAACUGUGCGGUUCCUCUUCGGGCUCUUAAAUGAGGAACACAGGAGGGAGCUGGAGGAGGAGCUGGGGUGUAAAAUCGCACCCAGGAUUACACAGGAAUUACUGGCAUGGCUUCAAAACAGCCAGAAAACAGCCCUAGCUCUUCUGAUGCAGGAGACGGCGGUGAUCCGUGAGCUGGAGGUCUGCCACUGUCUGUACGAGCUCCAGGACAAGCGUUUUGUGGCGGCUGCCUUGGAUCCUUUCACGGGCGUGUACCUACGAGGGCUCAACCUUAACCGCUUUGAUCAGCUGGUCCUUUCCUUCAGCAUAAAACACUUCCCCAAGCUGGAGUCACUUGAUCUGGGGCACUGCUCCUUUCUGUGGGAUGACCCCGAGGACUCUGCGGGCCCGCAGCCGGCCAAGCAGGCAUGUCGGGAAAAACAGCGAGAGGAGGGGAAGCAGUCACCCAUCCACCUGCUUUGUCAAGCAUUGGAAAAAUCAGGCUGUAAAUUAAAGAUGUUAAGGUUUGAUCGGUGUCAGCUCACAAGCGCCUGCUGCGCGGCUCUGGCCUCCGUUCUCAGCGUAAAUCCCACCCUGACGGAGCUGGACCUGGCUGGGAACGAAGACCUGAGGGACAGUGGCGUGAAGCUGCUGUGUGAGGGGCUGAGACGCGGCACCUGCCAGCUGCAGACAAUGCGGUUGGGCUGCUGCAACCUCACGGCCACCGGCUGCAAGGACCUUGCCGCGGUGCUGGGCACCAUGCCCAGCCUGGCGCAGCUGGACCUGAGCGACAAUCCCUUGGAGGACAGCGGCAUGCGGGAGCUGUGCGGGGCACUAGCAGGACCUGGCUGCAGCAUGCAAAAGCUCUGGCUGUGGCAGUGUCGGCUGACGGAGGCGAGCUGCGGAGCUCUCGCUGCGGUGCUCGCCGCCAGCCCCAGCCUGACGGAGCUGCACCUGGGGGACAACGAGCUGGGGGACGGAGGUGUGCGGCGGCUGUGCGAGGGCCUGCGGGAUCCUGCCUGCCGGCUGCGGAUGCUGAGGCUGUGGCAGUGUCGGCUGACGGAGGCGAGCUGCGGGGCUCUUGCUGCGGUGCUCGCCGCCAGCCCCAGCCUGACGGAGCUGCACCUGGGGGACAACGAGCUGGGGGACGGAGGUGUGCGGCGGCUGUGCGAGGGCCUGCGGGAUCCUGCCUGCCGGCUGCAGAUGCUGAGUCUGUGGCAGUGCCGACUCAGCAGCGCCUGCUGCGAGGACCUCUGCACCGUGCUCAGCACCAGCCGGAGCUUGGAGCAUCUGGACCUGAGUGAGAACGAUCUGGGAGAUGGCUGUGUGCAGCUGCUGUGCGAGACGCUCAGGCAUCCCACCAGCUUCUUGCAGAGGCUUUGGCUGAAGAAAUCUGGAUUAAACGAAGAGACGUUACAGAAGCUGGCUGCUCUCAAAGAUGUAAACCCCAGCCUGAAUAUACAAUACGUCUGACAAGCAGGACUUGUUCCAGCGAGGGGCUCUGGCCUGGCAGCUCACUGACAGAGCUUGCACAUGCGUUAGGAGGGGAUGAGAGGUCUGGGAGACGUUUCCUCUGUUUGAGAGGUCCUUUUAGUGCUGAAAGCACCUUCCAACAGGAAUGGCCGGGCUCUGGUUGAUCCUCCUGAGGAGUGCAGGAAUUACCACCUGGAGCUGAGAUGUGUUCAUGCAUUACAGGUCCAGAGAGAACCUGCUCCAAGGUCCUGGGUGGGUGGGAAGGAGCAGGGCUGAGGCUGUGGGAAACCAGCAUGAGGCAAUGGAUGAAUCUGAAAUUUCAGUGUUUGGUCCCCACUGCUGGGAGUGCCCAAAACACACCUUGGCUGCAGAGAUUUUUAUUCACUACCCGUGGUUAAUUCACUGUGAUUUGUAUAUUGAUUAGGGUUUCUGAAUUUCUGCAUGAUCCUGUACUUUCCAAGAAGGUCUUCUUCCUCUCCUUUUUGGCCAUGUAUUUAUUAUGAAGAAUGCUUGUGUUAUACCCAUGUGAAAU